UUAUAAUAAUAAAAUCUGUAGAAUUUCGAACGUUUAACUUACUUUACAAUAAAUGUAAAAAGUAAUUUAUAUAAUAUCCUUAUCUUUUAAAUAUGAUUGGAGAACGCUUGUAACGAUUUCAAUUCCUACCAAUCGUAUAUUAGAAAACUUUAGUUAAAAAGUGAUAAUAUCUUUCUUCGGGCAUUGCCCGAUAUACGAAUAAUUGUUUAAGGCUGCAAGAGAAAAUAUAUAAACACACAUUGAUGGUUCAGUGGUCGUUUCAAGUUAACGCGAGGUUUAAGACGUCAAUGGCUUACACUCGUUGUGCAUAUUGCUUAUAACGAUUGAGAAAGUAUCGAAUAGAUUUCAUAGCUUGUAUAUUCGCUUAAGUUUUGACAGUAAACGACAACACGAUGGACGGAACACGGGAUGAAAUUUUAGCUGACUUCCAGGCAUGUACAGGAAUUGAUGAUGUUGGAGAUGCUAUUAAAUAUCUAGAGGAAUCAAAUUGGGAUUUAUUGGCAGCUGUAAACCAAGCUAUGCCACGUGGUACACAACAAUUACCUUCUGAAAUAAGUCCAGAUAUAGAAAUGAUAGAGGAAAUUGAAAGGAUGCCUCACUCGUCUACAUUAUCAUCUCAGACUGUUUGUACUUCAAAAAAUAACUCAAAAGUUGAUGUAGUAGAAAAUUCGAAACCAGGAACGAGCAAACCUAAAAGUUGUGUAAGAGGAAGAACACUCACAUUCCAUAUUAUUCAUUUAAAUAAUGAGUAUGAAAUAAAUUUAUCUGAACAGUCAUCAUUAAAGGAUCUCAAACAGCUCAUAUGGGAACAAACAAAUAUUCUACCUUGUCAACAACGCCUUCAUGGAUGGAAGAAAGAACCAGAAUCACUUUAUACAUCAUUGCAAUCAUUGGAUUUACCUAGAAAUCCUUUGUAUGUGUCUCCUAUAUCUGAAGAUGUAGAUCUAACAACUGAUAUUGUGAGUUUACCAAAUCGUAUGACUCAGACAUAUACUUUAAAUAUUAAAGAUGAAAUACACAAGAAAACAUAUAAUUUAAAAUUUUCUGGAACAAGUACAAUCUUGGAUGUAAAAUCAGGAAUUUAUGCAUUAAUAGAUGUUCCAGUACGAAAUCAACAAUGGAAAGGUUGGCCAAGUUUAGUAAAAAAUGAUAGUAUUAUGUUAGCACAAAGUGGAAUUUCUUAUCCAGAACAUGACCUUUCCGUUAAUGAACUUCCUAUGAAAGAAGAGAAAAAGGAUAUUAUAGAUUUGGUUGAGAGUGAUAGUUCUAUCGAUGAAGAUGAUAUAGAAGAUGGUAUUUUCGUAGAUAACGUUAUAUCUACUAAAAUUCAACGUCUUAUGCCAGAAAAUGUAACAGACGAGACGAUAGGCACAGUACAUUUUGCAGAAGAAUUUGUAAAACGAUAUGGGCCUGCACAUCCAGAAUUUUUUACUGGUAAAUUUAAAGAUGCUGUCAAAGAAUCAUGUUUGAAACCAGCAAAAGAGAGAAAAUUGUUAGCUGUGUAUUUACAUCAUGACAACAGCGUGUUAGCCAAUGUAUUUUGCACGCAGUUACUGAGUUGCGAAGCAGUACUUCAAGUUUUAUCUGCAAAUUUCAUUGUAUGGGGUUGGGAUAUUACAUAUGAAUCUAAUAAACAAAGAUUUCUUUCCUCGGUGAAACAAACAUUAGGUUCGGUUGCAACGUUAGCUAUGAAGAAUAUAGAUGUUGAUACUUUACCUGCUCUUGUUAUUAUAAUGAGAACUAGAUCUAAUACAGAAAUAUUUACAAUAGUACAUGCCAAUGUAGGAGUGAAUGAACUGUUAACCAGUUUAAUUCACGUUGUUGAAGUGUUCCAGGAACAGAGACGUACCGAUAUUGGCGUGGAAGAAGAAAGGCAAGCCAGAGAAAGAGUAAAACAAGAACAAGAUAGAGCAUAUCAAGAAAGUUUAGCGGCAGACAGAGCGAAAGAAGAAGCAAAACAAAUGCAAGAAGAAUUAGAAAAACAACGAAAAGAACAGGCUGAAAAUGAAAGGUUGGCCGAAGAAGCAAGAAAAGAAGCUCAUAGACAGGCUGUAGAAUCAAGUUUACCUCCUGAACCACAACAAGGAACUAGCGAUGGUGUAUUAAAAGUACGAGUGCGACUACCAGCUGGCAAAUUUCUGGAGCGUAGAUUUCAAUCUGAUACACCAUUACAAACACUUCUUAAUUUUCUCAUUGUGGAGGGUUAUCCAACAGAGGAAUAUAAAGUUCUAUGUAGUUGGCCUCGAAGGGAUUUAACAUCUAUGGAUUCAAAACUUACUCUGAUGGAUCUGAAAUUUUGUCCUCAAGAAACAGUAAUAUUAGAGGAACGAUAAGUGAUUUGUUGUAAUUAAAUUAAAGAUGUAGAAAUUAAGCAUUGCAAUAUUCUGAAAAUGUUAUUUAUUUAAUAAUUUUCGAAUAGUUAUCAGUUAGAAUGAGUUCUGUUUAUUAAGCAACUACAUUUUUAUGCUGGUCUUUUCGUACUAUUCAUUCGUACAUAAAAUGUAGUUUUAUAUUAUAAAAAAAAAAAAAAAAAAAAGAAAUCCUUUCCA